AGUAUGGGUACAACUGCCAGUGCAGCACCCCAGUCUGCGACGCGUGAGGAGAUCCAGAACAACGGGAUGGCCAAUGCACAGCACUCACCUAGUGUCGGGUCCUUCCAGACGGUCAGCAUUCACAACAACAAGGCCAAGUCCAUCAUCACCAACAAAGUGGCCCCGGUUGUCAUCACAUAUAACUGCAGACAAGAAUUCCAGAUUCACGAUGAUUUACUCAAAACAAAUUACAAAGUUGGACGGAUCUCGGACACAAUGCCCGAGCACUACUUGGUGCAGGGCUCUUACUUCAUGGUCCAGGAUGUGUUCAGUAAAGUAGAUGUCCUCAACACUACGAGCUCCUACGGAGCGCCCAAUUUCCGGCAGGUGAAGGGAAGCCACCCGCUGUUUGGCAUGGGACAGCCCAGCUUGAAUGGUUUCAAACAGGUCCUCCAGCGACUGCAGAGCCAAGGCCAUGAGGAGUUGAUUUUCCUUUGUUUGCGGGAAGAGCCAGUGGUGUUUCUGCACCUGGAGGAUGACUUUGUACCAUACACUCCCAGAAGGAAGGAGAACCUCCAUGAGAACCUCCAUGGGCUGGAAAAGGAGGCUCCUGUUGAGAGUCUGGAGCUGACCAUCCGGAAGGAGCUGCAUGACUUUGCGAAGCUGAACGAAAAUGUGUUCUACGUUUACAACGACAUUGAACACUUUAAAGACGAGCCUCAGAAGAUUUCCAUCACCUGUGAGGAGGACAUCCACGUUACGGAAGAAGUCUACAAGAGACCCCUCUUCAGCAUGCCUUUGUACAGAUAUCACAGACUGCCUUUGCCCGCGGAGGGGGCGCCUUUGGAGGAGGACUUCGAUGCAUUUGUGAACAUACUUAGGGAGACCCCAAAUCUAUCACUGGGGAGGGAUACGUCCAAACCUUUGCCUGCCCUUCUCUUUAGCUGCCAGGUCGGAGUGGGCCGCACUAACCUGGGCAUGAUACUGGGUACGCUGGUCCUGAAUCACCUGACCAGAUCGACCGUGUCUCCAGAACCAGCCCAGUCUGAAGAGGCUGCAUCAUCUGAGCCUCAAGUGCCUUUUCAGGUCAUUCUCAGUUUAAUCCACAAACUCCCCAAUGGUCAACUGCUCAUGGAUGAGGUCGAUCGUGCCAUUGAGCUGUGCUCUGAGAUGCACAACAUCAAAGAGGCCAUUAAUGAGAACAAGAAGAAACUGGAAGGGAUUGGUGAGGACUACCAGUUUCAGGGAAGCAGUACCAAGCAUUACUUUCUGCACAGAGCCCUGCAGAGUUUGGAAUGCUACUUCUACUUGAUAGUCUUUAAUGCAUACCUGCAUGAACAGUAUCCACUUGCGUUUGCGUCCAAUUUUAGCCAGUGGAUAUGCGCGCGUCCCUGGAUUUACCGGCUCCUGUCCCAAAUGAACCUGUCAGAACUCAAAGCUCCCCCUGACCUUGUCACCAAAGGGGCUCGUGUUCUGGUUGCGGAUGAAUACUUGGCACCCGAUGUACUGGGCACAGUUAAGGAGAUGAAGGUGGCCAAUUUCAGACGAGUGCCCAAAAUGCCAGUGUAUGGCUUGGCACAGCCCACGUCAGAGGCGGCGGGUGCUGUGUUGGCUUAUCUGGCUGGUGAGAAGAGAAAGCACAGUCAUGUGCUGUGGGUGAACCUGCAGGAGGAGCUGGUGAUCGAGGGUAACGGGCAGAUUUUCUCCCCCCGCGAGCCGCUCUUCCUCGACCAGUACAUCCCUGUCCACACCGCCCAGCCACACCAGAUAGAGGAGUUGGAGACGGCUCUUAAGGAGGAGGUGCAGAAGUCACAGAAGUGGCUGGAGGUCACUCUGGAGCAGGAGAAGCAGAUGAAGAUGUUUAAGAGCUGUUUGACUGUACAAGAGAUCUUCAACCAGCACAAAAGCUCUCACCAGGGUCUGGUUUACAAACGUAUCCCACUCCCAGACUGCUGUGCCCCCACAGAAGAGGACUUUGACUGGUUGUUAGAGGCCAUGAAAACCACUUUGGCUGAGGAUUCACGCUCUGCCUUUGUCUUCAACUGCUCCAACGGCAAAGGGAGAACCACCACUGCCAUGGUCAUAGCAACCCUGACCCUGUGGCACUUCAAUGGCUUCCCUGACUUUGGAGAGGAGGAGAUAGUUAGUGUCCCAGAUGCCAAGUACACAAAGGGGGAAUUUGAGGUAGUGAUGCAGCUGGUCAGACUCUUGCCAGACGGGCACAAAAUGAAGAGAGAGGUGGACAUGGCUUUGGAUGCUGUCAGUGAGACCAUGACUCCCAUGCACUACCACCUGAGAGAGAUCAUUAUAUGCACUUACAGACAGAUCAAAAGCAGUAAGACAGAGAAGGAGUCGGAGUCUUUGUUGUUGAAGAGUUUACAGUACCUGGAGCGGUACAUGUAUCUGAUCCUCUUUAACACCUACCUGCAUCUGGAGAAGAAGGACUCUUGGCAGCGAUCCUUCAGCGUGUGGAUGCACCAGGUGGCUGCCAGAGCCGGAGUGUAUGACCUGCUUAAUCAGCUUGGCUUCUCUGAAUUUGAAAACCCCAGGGACACACCACUCGCAAGUCUUCGCUGCCGCUGGCAACAGCAGAAUGUCCAAUCACUUCCUUUCAGAGGGGAAUUCAUCUGA